AUGGACGGCACACUUGGAUUAAAACCACCGCCGACUUUGAUGCUGGACUCGAGCAAUCUGGCAAAGACAUGGAAGUCAUGGAAGGAAGAAUUUCAGCUGUAUCUUGAUCUGACUUUAACAGAGGCGUCGGAAGGCACGAAGGUGAAACUUUUCUACUAUCUGAUUUGUAGGGCUACCGAGUUGUCCAGAGAGAACAGCAAAACCAUAGAGGGAAAAGCCGUGGAGGAAAUUCACGCUUUGAAACCGGUACCGACACACAAAAGACUCAAGGAUGACAAGUGGAAAGCUGAGAUUACCUGCAAAUUUUGUGGAAAGAGACAUGAAAGAGACAAACAAAAAUGUCCAGCUUAUGGGAAAACCUGUAGGAAAUGUGGAAAAGCCAAUCAUUUUGCUGCAUUGUGCAAGUCCAAACAUCAAUGUGGAAAGGUUGUGAAUAAUAUUACAGAAACUGAGAGUGAGCAGUAUGAGGAUAUCUGGAGCAUUACAACUGAGUCUGUGAACAAAGUUACAAAGAGCCUGGAUGGGCAGCCAUCUCAACUGUUUGCAGGUAUGCUGCUUGGAAAAAACAUAGUCAAAUUUCAGUUGGACUGUGGUGCAACGUGUAACAUUAUCCCUAUAAACUUUGUGAAUCCAGAUGUUCAAAUUGAGAAAACAGACCAGGUACUUGUUAUGUACAAUAAAAGUACACUGAAACCAGUUGGCAAGUGCCAUUUGAAGCUGAGAAACCCAUGUAACAAAAAGCUGUACAGACUGGAGUUUAUGGUCGUUGAUGCAAACUCUGCAGUACCAUUACUAGGAAACAAAGCAGUCCAGGGGAUGAAACUGGUUAAAGUACAAUCGGAGAAUAUCCUGAUUGUGGAUAAUGUUGUGACAAAGACACACAGUGACGACACAAGUGAGCAAUGGACGAUGGAACAAAUAACAAGUGAGUUCUCAGAUGUUUUCACAGGUGAUGGCUGUCUGCCAGGUCGCUACAAGAUAGAGAUUGAGUCUGGGGUGGAGCCAGUUAAACUGCCGAAGCGGAGAGUACCAUUGGCAAUGAUGGGACCACUGAAGGAGGAGCUAAAUAAUCUCCAAGAACGAGGUAUAAUCACACCGGUAGAACAAAGCACUGACUGGAUAAGUAGUCUGGUUGUCGUAAAGAAACCCAGUGGCAAGUUGAGAAUUUGCAUAGACCCCAGACCAUUGAACAAAGCCUUAAAGAGGAGUCACUUCCCUCUGCCCACGAUUGAGGAUAUUUUGCCGGAGCUGUCAAAAGCAAGAGUGUUCACGGUCUGUGAUGUUAAAAAUGGCUUCUGGCAUGUCCAAUUAGAUGACCCAUCAAGUUAUCUCACCACGUUUGCAACACCUUACGGGAGAUACAGGUGGUUAAGAAUGCCUAUGGGAAUAAGCCCAGCACCUGAGGUUUUUCAGAGAAUGUUAAACCAGGCAUUAGAAGGACUUCAAGGCAUACACAUAAUAGCAGACGACGUGCUAAUAACUGGGGAAGGUGAAACGCUAGAAAUGGCAAGUAUAGACCAUGAUCAAAAACUCAAAUUGUUCCUUGACAGAUGCAGAGACAGAAACAUCAAGCUGAACAAAGACAAAUUCAGACUCAGGCAAAGUGAAGUGCCAUAUAUUGGACACCUGCUCACAUCUGAUGGUCUAAAAGUAGAUCCAGAGAAAGUACGGGCCAUAAAUGAAAUGCCAAGACCAACUGACGUGAAAGGGGUACAGAGAAUUCUAGGCAUGGUGAAUUAUCUGUCUAGAUUUUGCAGACAUCUUUCAGAUCACUGUGAAGUGCUGAGGCAGCUAACACACAAGGAUAGUUUGUGGGACUGGUCUGAGGUGCACGAACAAGAAUUUCAGAGCAUGAAAGACCUCAUAACCAGGGCACCUGUACUUCGCUACUACAGCCUCAAAGAACAGUUGGUCCUACAGUGUGAUGCAUCUGAUACAGGCCUGGGUGCAGCAUUGUUACAGAGUGGAGAGCCUGUUGCUUUUGGUAGCCGUGCAUUAUCACUGACUGAACGUGGGUAUGCCCAAAUUGAAAAAGAGUGCCUAGCCAUAGUGUACGGCAUGGAGAAAUUUCAUCAAUACACAUAUGGACGGAAAGUUAUUGUGCAGUCGGACCACAAGCCUCUUGAGAGUAUUGUUAAAAAACCAUUGCUGCAUGCACCUAAGAGACUUCAAAGGAUGUUAAUGAGACUCCAGAAAUAUGAUUUUGUCAUUAACUAUGUUCCAGGAAAAGAGAUGUUGUUAGCAGAUGCACUGAGCCGGGCGUACCUGGAGGACACAGCACAGGAAGGAUCAGUAGAGAAAGAGAUAGAAAGUGUCAACAUGAUUCAGUACCUCCCAAUAUCUGAAGAGAGACUCAAAGUAAUCAGAGAUGAGACCGCAACAGAUGAGACACUCCAGAUACUGAUAAAGACAAUAAAAGAAGGAUGGCCUACGAACAAAAGACUCAUAACAAACAAAAUAGCUCACUACUACUCAAUCCAGGAUGAGUUGUCUGUGCAGGAUGGUAUUGUGUUUAAAGGUGAAAGAGCUGUGAUACCAGAUGUACUCCGAAACGACAUGAUACACAGAAUUCACUCUGCACACCUUGGUAUUGAAGGAUGCUUGAGGAGAGCAAGGGAAUGCCUCUAUUGGCCUGGAAUAAGUGCUCAGAUAAAGAGAUACAUUGAAAAGUGUGAGAUGUGUAGAUCACUGGAAAGAAAACAACAGAAAGAGUCACUUUGCCCACACGAACUGCCUGAAAGACCAUGGUCCAAGGUGGGCACAGAUCUAUUUGUAUUCAAUAAUCGUGACUAUCUCAUCACUGUGGAUUAUUUCUCAAAUUUCUGGGAGGUGGAUUACUUACCAGACACAAAGUCUUCUACGGUGAUUAAGAAGCUGAAAGCUCAUUUUGCCAGGCAAGGCAUACCUGACGUUGUGUUCUCAGAUAAUGGGCCCCAAUACAUGUCAACUGAAUUCCAGCAGUUCAGUAGACGCUGGGAGUUUCAGCAUAAAACAUCAUCACCCACUCAUCCUCAAAGUAACGGGAAGGCAGAGUCUGCUGUCAAGACAGCAAAACGUCUGAUGCAGAGAGCCAAAAUGUCAGGGCAAGAUCCAUACCUGGCGAUGUUAGAUCACAGAAACACUCCGUCGCAGGGUCUGAAUGCAAGCCCUGCUCAGAGACUCUUAAGCAGGAGAACACGCACACUCCUCCCUACACACAACAAUCUGUUGAAGCCAAAAGUAGUAGACACCACACAAGAACUGAGACUAAAUCAAAGACGACAGGAAAUGUACUACAACAGACACACAAAAGAUAUGAACAUCCUGAAACCAGGUGACCAAGAUCCCUCUCGACGACUCAUGUAG